AUGGGUGCUUCGGGGAGAUGGAUUAAAGCAUUGGUUGGUUUCACGAAAUCUGAUAAGUCAAGGUCUUCAAAAAAAGAUGAAAAUGUGAAGAUUCCCAGCAAGAGCCGGUUUGGGAGAAAGCAAUCAGUUGAUUUCGACGCUGAAAAUCUCCAAGAUGGAUUCGAAGAUGCUGGAGUCUCUACUUCAACUUCACUACAAUCAUACGGUGCUGCUUAUGAAGAGCAAAGGAAAGAACAUCAAGCUGCAACACGGAUCCAAACAGCUUAUCGAGGGUUUCUGGCUAGAAGGGCUUUACGAGCGUUGAAAGGAUUGGUUAGGCUACAAGCUCUUGUGAGAGGACACGCUGUGAGGAAACAAGCAGCUGUAACGCUUCGAUGUAUGCAAGCGUUAGUGAGAGUUCAGGCUCGUGUACGAGCAAGGCGUGUUCGUCUCGCCUUGGAAAGUGAAACUGGUCAGCAGGCAUUUCAGCAACAGUUAGCAGAUGAAGCUCGAGUUCGAGAAAUAGAGGAAGGUUGGUGUGAUAGCAUUGGUUCUGUUGAACAAAUCCAAGCGAAGCUUCUAAAGAGGCAGGAAGCUGCAGCUAAGCGUGAGAGGGCUAUGGCAUAUGCUUUGACUCACCAGUGGCAAGCAGGAACUAGGCAGUUGUCUGCACACAGUGGAUUUCAACCAGACAAAAACAACUGGGGAUGGAACUGGCUGGAAAGAUGGAUGGCUGUUCGUCCAUGGGAGAAUCGGUUUCUUGACAGUAACCUCAGGGAAGAUGCGAAGUUAGGUGAGAGCAAUAUGGAACAGCCUGAGAAUGUGCACAAAACGAGCAAGAUGAUGCCAAACACUUCGAAUCUUGUAUCCGGUGUUUCGAAUCAGAAGGCAACGGGGCCAUCUCUGUCUGAUGGUAAUUCGUCGUCUCCUGGAGUAUCUUCAAGCGUUCCAGUGGUGUCCAAGGCAAGGUCAAAGCCAGCUAAAGACGAUCUUGCUGUAGAAGUUAACUCAAGACCUGGUGCUGGUCCAAGAUCGCAUAGCAACCCGAAAGAAAGAUCAAGAGAGCCAAUUAGAUCUUCGAAGGAACGAUUAUCUCUGCCAAACAGUGGAAAAGCCAACAGAAUGGGAAAACUCACGCCAACAUCUCAGAAAGUAGCUGAGGAGAAAUCUGCUCAAAAACAGAAAAGACGUAACUCGGAUCCAAUAAAACAGAGGCUUGCAUAG